AAAAGCGGAGGCAGGCGGGCAGGCGGGUGGCCGGCCCUGGAAGAGCUCGCGCUGGGCGGCGGGUCUGGAGCGAGACCGAAGAGGCGUCAUCGUCAAGAGCAGUGUCGUCGAGAUCGGUGUCUUCAGCUUCACAGGUCGGGUCUUCAGGGGAGCGGAGGCCCGGCCAGUGCAACCCUUCUCCGGGUUUCGCGGUAGGGCUGUGCAGGCAUGGCGAAGUGAGUAACCCACAGUUCUGCUGCCCCCCUCAAAAAAGAUGGUGAAACUGGACAUUCACGCGCUUGCUCAUCACCUCAAGCAGGAGCGGCUCUAUGUGAACUCUGAAAAGCAGCUCAUCCAGAGACUGAACGCUGAAGUGCUGAAAACUGCAGAAAGGUUGUAUCGCACAGCCUGGAUUUCCAAGCAGCAGAGAAUUAAUUUGGACCGGCUGAUCAUAACAAGUGCUGAAGCUUCCCCAGCUGAAUGCUGCCAGCAUGCCAAAAUCCUGGAGGACACACAGUUUGUGGACGGGUACAAGCAGCUGGGCCACCAGGAGACACACUACGGGGAGUUCCUCAACAGACUACGCGAGAACCCUCGUCUUAUUGCUUCUUGUCUGGUUGCCGGAGAGAAACUGAACCAGGAGAACACUCAGAGCGUCAUUCACACCGUGUUUACCUCCAUCUACGGCAAUUGCAUCAUGCCAGAAGAUGAAAGCUACCUCCUCCAGGUCUUGCGUUAUUUGAUCGAGUUUGAACUUAAGGAGAGCGAUAACCCUCGGCGACUGCUGAGGCGCGGCACUUGCGCCUUCAGUAUUUUGUUCAAACUCUUUUCUGAAGGGGUCUUUUCAGCCAAGCUUUUUCUCACUGCCACCUUGCAUGAGCCCAUCAUGCAGCUGCUGGUCGAGGACGAAGACCACCUAGAAACUGACCCCAACAAACUGAUCGAGCGCUUUUCUCCUGUCCAGCAGGAGAAGCUCUUUGGAGAGAAGGGCAGUGACAAAUUCCGGCAGAAAGUUCAGGAGAUGGUAGAGUCGAACGAAGCCAAACUGGUGGCAUUGGUGAACAAGUUCAUUGGCUACCUCAAGCAAAACACCUACUGUUUUCCACACAGCUUGCGAUGGAUCGUAUCCCAGAUGUACAAAACGCUCUCGUGUGUGGACAGGCUGGAUGUUGGGGAAGUCAGAGCCAUGUGCACGGACCUUCUGCUGGCCUGCUUUAUUUGUCCUGCGGUGGUCAACCCAGAGCAGUAUGGGAUUAUUUCUGAUGCUCCAAUCAAUGAAGUGGCAAGAUUCAACCUAAUGCAGGUUGGGAGACUUCUUCAGCAGCUGGCGAUGACAGGUUGUGAAGAAGGAGACCCUCGUAUGAAGAGUAACUUGUGCAAAUUCGACAAAGGUUGCGUAGCUGCAUUUCUGGAUGUUGUCAUCGGUGGGCGUGCAGUGGAAACCCCUCCCAUGUCCUCAGUUAACCUUUUGGAAGGGCUGAGCAGGACUGUGGUUUAUGUGACCUAUAGCCAACUUACUGGCCUGGUCAGCUUUAUGAGGAAUGUCAUGUCCGGUGACCAGCUGAAGGAGGAUCGGGCAGCUCUGGAAAACCUCCUGUCAAACCUUCCCCAGAACAAGCCAGGAAAGAGCAGCAGCUUGGAAAUGACCCCUUAUAACACCCCACAACUCUCGCCAGCCACCACUCCAGCAAACAAAAAGAAUCGACUGCCUAUAGGACAACAGUUGGCCGCCAUCACUGCCUGGGACACGUCGGCCACCAACUUGACAGCUCACAUAAACCUAGUAACCCCUUUUGCCACCCGCAGCAGAAGCCGGUCAAAUAUGCAGAUGGACCAGCAUGCAGAUCAUGAUGGGUCCUCCCAGGAGACAAUACCGGAAGUUCAACCGGAAGAAGUCUUGGUGAUUUCCCUUGGGACCGGACCCCAGAUAACUCCAGGGAUGAUGUCAGAAAAUGAGGUUUUAAACAUGCAGCUUGCUGAUGGAGGGCAAGGAGAUGUCCCUGUUGAUGAAGCCAAACUCCACGGCCCUUCAAACCGCUCUAAUUCUGUGUCCUCGCUGGAUUUGGAAGGAGAAUCUGUGUCUGAACUGGGCGCAGGCCCAUCAGGCAGCAACGGGGUGGAAGCCCUGCAGCUUCUGGAACACGAACAAGCCACCACUCAGGAUAAUCUUGACGACAAGCUCCGUAAGUUUGAGAUUCGUGAUAUGAUGGGGUUAACAGAUGACAGAGACAUCUCAGAGACUGUGAGCGAGACGUGGAGCACUGACGUCCUGGGGAGUGACUUUGACCCAAAUAUCGAUGAGGACCGCUUGCAAGAAAUUGCAGGUGCAGCAGCUGAGAAUAUGCUGGGGAGCUUGCUAUGCUUGCCCGGGUCAGGGUCAGUGUUGCUUGACCCCUGCACGGGUUCAACCAUCGAAACCACCAGUGAAGCUGCGGAGGCUGAAGUGCUGCCGAGCGACUCAGAGGCCCCAGACCUAAAGCAGGAGGAGAGGCUGCAGGAGCUGGAGAGCUGCUCUGGAGUGGGCAGCACCUCUGACGACACCGAUGUCAGGGAGGUCAGUUCUCGCCCCAGUACGCCAGGCCUCAGCGUGGUGUCAGGUAUUAGUGCAACCUCUGAGGAUAUUCCCAACAAGAUCGAGGACCUCCGGUCUGAGUGCAGUUCUGACUUCGGUGGAAAAGAUUCAGUAACCAGCCCCGAUAUGGAUGAAACUGCUCAUGGUGCCAGCCAGCUGUCUUCUCCCCCUUCUCAGGCAGAUUCCUUGCUUGCCAUGUUUGACCCCUUGGUGUCACAUGAAGUGGUGAGGCCUAAAGUCCACUAUGCAAGACCUUCACACCCUCCGCCAGAUCCCCCAAUUCUGGAAGGAACGCUGGGCGGCAGCGAGGCCCGUUUGCCCAACUUCGGAUCCCAUGCAGCAAUGUUCAUAGACGCAGAGGCAUUCAAGCAGCGACAUUCCUAUCCAGAGAGGCUCGUGCGCAGCAGGAGUUCCGACAUAGUUUCCUCAGCUCGGCGGCCGAUGAGUGAUCCUGGCUGGAACAGGCGUGCUGGAAAUGAGGAGAGGGAGCUUCCUGUGCCCCCUGGCAGCAUGGGGGGGACUGCUUUGAUGACCGCGCCACAGUCCUCUUCUUCCUCUCCUAGCAAAGAUUUCUGCAGAGGAGAGGCUGAAGACCGAAAAGACAGCGAUGAUGAGAAAUCUGACAGGAACAAACCGUGGUGGAGAAAGCGUUUUGUUUCAGCUAUGCCCAAAGCUCCAAUUCCAUUUCGAAAAAAAGAAAAACAAGACAAGGACAAAGACGAGUUCAUCCCUGACAGAUACGGCUGCCUACAAGAUGACUCCAGUCCUAGGCUAAGUGCUCAAGCACAGGCUGCAGAGGACAUUUUGGACAAGUACAGGAAUGCGAUUAAGCGAACCAGCCCUAAUGAAGGGGCUGCAGUGAGCUACAAUAGCACAGAUGCCAUUGGAGAUGGCGAAAGCAUCCACGACUCUCCGCGCGAUGACACCUUGCAAAACAUGUCUGCAGACGACCUCCCGGAUUCCGCUAGUCAAGUCGCUCAACCUCAGGAUUCUGCUUUCUCCUACAGGGACGCCAAGAAGAAAUUGCGGCUCGCGCUCUGUUCAGCCGAUUCUGUCACCUUUCCCAUGUUGUCUCACUCCACACGAAAUGGGCUUCCUGAUCAUACAGAUCCUGAAGACAACGAAAUUGUGUGCUUCCUAAAAGUUCAGUUAGCAGAAGCUAUCAACCUCCAAGAUAAGAACCUGAUGGCCCAGCUCCAGGAGACCAUGCGCUGCGUCAGCUACUUCGACAACAGGACCUGCCGCAAGCUGCUGGCUUCUAUUGCAGAGGACUACAGGAAAAGAGGCCCCUAUUUUACAUACCUGACUCGGUGUCGCCAAGGCCUGCAGACCACCCAGGCUCACCUGGAAAGGCUGCUGCAGAGGGUCCUGCGGGACAAAGAGGUGGCCAACCGGUACUUCACCACCGUGUGUGUGCGGCUGCUUUUGGAGAGCAAGGAGCCAAAGAUCCGAGAAUUCAUUCAAGAUUUCCAGAAGUUGACAGCAGCAGAUGACAAGACCGCCCAGGUAGAAGACUUCCUCCAGUUCUUGUAUGGGGCCAUGGCCCAGGAUGUCAUCUGGCAGAACGCCAGCGAGGAGCAGCUUCAGGACGCCCAGCUGGCCAUCGAACGCAGCGUCAUGAACCGCAUUUUCAAGCUGGCCUUUUACCCUAAUCAGGACGGAGACAUCUUGCGUGACCAGCUUCUUCACGAGCACAUCCAGAGGCUAUCCAAAGUGGUUAGCGCAAACCACAAAGCACUUCAGAUCCCCGAGGUCUAUCUCCGGGAAGCUCCCUGGCCAUCAGCACAGUCGGAGAUCCGCACAAUUAGCGCCUACAAGACCCCUCGGGAUAAGUUGCAGUGCAUCUUGAGAAUGUGCUCCACCAUCAUGAACAUGUUGAGCCUGGCAAAUGAGGACUCGGUCCCUGGGGCAGAUGAUUUCGUGCCUGUCCUCGUAUUUGUACUCAUAAAGGCCAACCCACCCUGCUUGCUGUCCACUGUCCAGUACAUCAGUAGUUUCUACGCCAACUGUUUAACUGGAGAAGAAUCGUAUUGGUGGAUGCAGUUCACAGCGGCAGUCGAAUUCAUAAAGACCAUCGACGACCGCAAGUGAUCCAAGCCAGUGUCUUGCCGAACGGUACUUCCCAUUGAGAAGGACCUCUAAGAAUGUAUGUCUCCUGUGCCCCUCCGUGGCUAUAGGUUGGGGAGGGGGGGCGGAAGGGACUUCUGACUGUAAAUAUCUGUACAGAGUUCAGGCAUUUUAAAGCAAACCUUUACUAAUCAUACUAGUUUCAAUAGGGCUGUUGGAGGGUAAUGGUUUGGUGUUUUUUCUCUCUCUCCUCCCUCUCACCCCCACCCCCUGGAAACUUAGCACUGUGUCAAAUCACAAUUAAAAGGGACCAUAGAUAUUCUGGAGCCUCCAGGCCUUUUGCUGCCACAACUGUCUUGUAGACAUCUUUUUCUAACAUUUCCAAUUCACAUUUAAUUUCCCUUUUUAAACUUUGCUUGUUAAUUUAGAAGGCAAGCACUUUCUAACAAUCCAUAUUUAGCACAUCACACCCUUUUCUUGGCAAAGGGUGAAACACAUGAGUAGCUUGCAGUGGGUGAAGGAUAUGGAAACUGUUACAUAGAUAACCAUGAUUUUAUUUUAACCAACCUUGGUUGCAGUCAGAUUGCAACUCUCCUUUUCUGGACAAAUGCUGUGACCUCCCUAGUGUUCAGGGUGCGGGCAAGCCAGAGUAUUUAUUAAAAUGUCCAAGCUUAUGGAACUUGAACUAAAACUGGAAAUUAUUCACAGGGCUUUCUCAUUAGCAAGCUUUCUUUUUUUCUUCUUAUAAAGUUUAGUAUGGGCAUUAGAGUAUUUCUUUAUUGCAUGGAAAUGGUGAGGUUUUGGCUUUCUAUAAAGAAAAGGGACUGUCUGAAAAAAGAUAAUAUAAAAAAGCAUCAAUACGUUUUGUUUUGUUUUUGUUUCUGAAAUAUUGUGUAUACUGUACAAACCCCCCCAACAGAAUUUUCCCUAUGAAACCAGAAACUGUAAUAUAUAUUUUGAUUAUUCAUAUUAAAUACAUACACCAGGGGUUUGGGUGAAGUCUCAUUCCUUUGUUUACAUGUUUUCUGUGUCCAUCACUGUAGGGUUUACAGCAGGGGUGUCCAACUCUGGGGCUUCAGAUGUUCAUGGACUACAAUUCCCAUCAGCCCCCGCUGGCAUGGGCAGUUGGUUUAUAGUUUUGUGUCUAGUACGCUUUUCUCUUUUUUCUCUAAAGGAGCAGAAAAACCAGGAAUUUAAUAUUCACAUAAUUGGAUCAUCUUUUACCUGCUUCCUCAAAAUGACCAUUAUGAGCAGUGAACACAAACAUUUACCUGUCGUUUGUCAGUAUUAGGAACCAAACAGCCAAAUUCAGUGCCUGUUUUCUGCCUAUGACUCUGUGAUCUCUUUCCAAUGUGAAAGGGGAGGGGAGGCCCCAGUUCAUUGACUCAUCUGUUCUGCAGCAGGAUUGCCAUAUAGCUGUUCUUAUGUUCUUAUGAUUGCUUGUGGUGAACUGUGGUGAACUGGAAGGAUGUGAGCCAGGCAUUCGUGAACUGGAAGGAUGUGAGCCAAAAUAUUACAGAAUAGUGGUGUGUCCUGAACUCUUCAUCAGUCUAGAAGCUGAUUUUUUU